ACCCUAAACCCGAGUUUUUUUUUUUUAUUACUUCUCUUCACGCCCGUCGUCCCACUGGAAUCAUCUUAAUAUCUCCGACUACCUUCCAGCACUCCGGCAUGCCGCCACUGCCGGUUGCAUUUGCUCCCGUCGGUUUUGCGGCUGACGCUCCACUGGAUUCAUCUUCUUUCGAAUCACUGUGCUUUGUAGCUGUCUUUCACCGAUCAUGGCCCUUCAUUCACUUCGUCUCCGCCGCACUUUGUCUUUUCUUUCUGCUUUCCACCGUUAUGCGGCAGUAUCUGGUCAAACCAGCCACUCUAUAUUUUGUCCUUCCGCUCCGUCAUUAUCUAAGUCUCCGGCUAUGAUCUCACCACAUUGGCCACUGAGAUUGUCGUCAAUUUCUUCCUAUUCCUGGUUAUCACUUGCUAGCAAUAGGGAAGAUGACAAGAUAGGGACCGAUAUUGCGAGCGGUAGCGAAGAUGUGAAGAUAGGGAACGAUAUUGCAAGCGGUAGCGAAGAUGUGAAGAUAGGGAACGAUAUUGCGAGCGGUAGCGAAGAUGUCAAGAUAGGGAACGAUAAUGCUAGCGGUAGCGAAGAUGUCAAGAUAGGGGACGAUAUUGCGAGCGGUAGCGAAGAUGUAACGAUAGGGAAGGAUAUUGCUAGCGGUAGUCAAGAUGUCAAGAUAGGGAACGAUAUUGCGAGCGGUGACAUAUGGACCGAUACACCUGAGGGCUGCGAUUACAACCACUGGCUCAUCAUCAUGGACUUUAGGGACUCAAAACCCACUACAGAGGAGAUGGUUCGGACCUACGAAGAAACCUGUGCCAAAGGCCUAAAUAUUAGUGUGGAAGAAGCAAAAAAAAGGAUUUAUGCUUGUACUACGACUACGUAUCAAGGGUUUCAGGCUGUGAUGACAAAAGAAGAAUCAGAGAAAUUUCGCGGUCUACCUGGUGUUUUGUUUGUAUUGGCUGAUUCUUACGUUGAUCAAGUAAACAAGGAGUAUGGAGGAGAUAAAUAUAUCAAUGGAACGGUUAUACCAAGACCACCACCUGGACAAUAUGCUGGAAGGCAGGUGCGAAAAGACCGUAGCGGAAAUCUGGAUCAACCAAGAUAUGAGAGGCCAGCUACAUCAACACCGAAUAGGCAAGCUAAUCCAUCUUUUAAUCAACAGGGUUCUAUACAAGGAGAUGAAUGCCAUUCCAGAGCUUCACAAAACUAUUCGCCGCAAGGUCCAUCCCAAAAUUAUGGUCCCCUAGAGCUUAGGGAAACGAGAGAUCAUUCACCUAUGAAUACUAGCGCUCUUGAAGGAAGAGAUUACUAUCAAGGAGGAAGAGGUCCAAUGCCUUCUCAUCGAGGUAACCACAUUCAAAGGGGGCAGGAAAUUUAUAAUUAUGAUGUGCAAGGAAAUUAUCAGCCUCAACGAGAGCAGAUAGACUAUAUGCCUCCACCAGGCCAGAGUAAUUAUGGUAGUGGCUUUACACAAGGGCUUCGAGAAAAGAGAGAUCAUUCACCUUUGAGGACUAGUGCUCUUGAAGGAAGAGAUUCCUAUCAAGGAGGAAGAGGUCCGAUGCCUUCUCAUCGAGGAAACUACAAUCCAAGGGUGCAGGAAAUUUAUAAUUAUGACAUGCAAGGAAAUUACCCGUCACAACGAGAGCAGAUAGAUUAUAUGCCUCCACCAAUCCAGAGUAAUUAUGGUAGUGGCUUUACUCAAGGGCUUCGAGAAAGGAGAGAUUAUUCACCUAUGAACACUUAUGCUCCUGAAGCAAGAGAUUCCUAUCAAGGAGGAAGAGGUCCAAUGCCUUAUCAUCAAGUAAACUACAAUCAAAGGGGGUAUGGAAGUUAUAACCAUGAAGUGCAAGGAAAUUAUCUCCCUCAGGGAGAGCAGAGGGGGCAUGGAUGUUAUAACCAUGAAGUGCAAGGAAAUUAUCUCCCUCGGGGAGAGCAAAGAGAUUAUGUGCUUCCACCAGGUCAGAGUACUUAUGGUAGUGACUUUACUCAAGGGCUUCGAGAAAAGAGAGAUCAUUCACCUAUGAAUACUAGCGCUCUUGAAGGAAGAGAUUCCUAUCAAGGAGGAAGAGGUCCAAUGCCUUCUCAUCGAGGAAACUACAAUCAAAGGGUGCAGGAAAUUUAUAAUUAUGACAUGCAAGGAAAUUACUGGUCUCAACGAGAACAGAUAGAUUAUAUGCCUCCACCAAGCCAGAGUAAUUAUGGUAGUGGCUUUACUCGAGGGCUUCAAGAAAGGAGAGAGUAUUCACCUAUGAACACUUAUGCUCCUGAAGUAAGAGAUUCCUAUCAGGGAGGAAGAGGUCCAAUGCCUUAUCAUCAAGUAAACGACAUUCAAAGGGUGCAGGAAAGUUAUAAUUGUGAUGUGCAAGGAAAUUAUCAUUCUCAACGAGAGCAAAUAGAUUAUGUGCCUCCACUAGGCCAGAGUAAUUAUGGUAGUGGCUUUACUCGAGGGAUUGGAGAAAGGAGAAAUUAUUCACCUAUGAACACUUAUGCUACCGAAGGAAGAGAUUCCUAUCAGGGAGGAAGAGGUCCAAUUCCUUAUCCUCAAGUAAACUACAAUCAAAGGGGGCAUGGAAGUUAUGAAGGAAGAGAUUCCUAUCAGGGAGGAAGAGGUCCAAUUCCUUAUCAUCAAGUAAACUACAAUCAAAGGGGGCAUGGAAGUUAUAACCAUGACGUGCAAAGAAAUUAUUUCCCUCAGGGAGAGCAUAGAGAUUAUAUGCCUCCACUAGGCCCAAGUAAUUAUGGUAGUGGAGGGCUUGGAGAAAGGAGAGAUUAUUCACCUAUGAACACUUAUAUUCCUAAAGGAAGAGAUUCCUAUUAUGGAGGAAGAGGUCUAAUGCCUUAUCAUGCAGUAAACUACAGUCAAAGGGGGCAGGGAAAUUAUACCCAUGAUAUGCUAGAAAAUUGUCUCCCUCAAGGAGAGCAGAGAGACUAUGUGCCUCGACUAGGCCAGCGUAUUUUUUCUAGUGGCUUUAAUUCUGCACAGGGUGGACCGUAUGAGCAAGGUAGAUAUCGUGGUCAUGGAGCAGGAAUGCCUUAUGGUCAAGGACAGUACCCAAGUUCUAUUGAAGGUCAGAGAUUUUCCCCAGGUUUCCAAAGAAACAUGCAGGAAGAACGACGAAACUACAUUUCCUGUGGACAAACAUGGGACGAUCAAUGGAAAUUCUGAGGCUGUCUGAAUAUUUAAUGUGAAUAGAUCUGUACAGAAGCUCUGGGCCAGUUCCAUUUUGUAUCAUGUUUCUCAUUAGUAGAAAAAAAAAGAAAAAGAACAAUCAGAGAAAGCUUCCCUGUAGUUAGGAGCACUCGGAAGGAGGCGCAAAGAAUAUUGUGAAAAGUGGGAGGCAAAUUUUCUUUGGAGGUUGUCUUUUUGCUGCAGGAGCUUGAACUGCAUUUGAAUUUGAGAUAUAACGAGCGUGAGUCAGCCUGCUUCUUCUCCUUCAAGGAUGGGAUGCACUUAAUUUUUAUAAUGCUUAAACUUAUUAACUUAUUCUGAUGCUGUGUUAUAUUGACAGAAAUCUGAAGGCAAGUUUUGGUAGUUUUGUUAUUCCUUGUAGUCAUUAGAUUUUAUAGUUUUAUCUGUUGUAUUAUAUAUAAGUUAAUCAUAUUUAAUCAAACUACGAGGAGACCUAAUUUGAACUUUUUCUAUACCAUACGAUUGAAAUUUAUCCUUUA